AUGGGUGAGCGUCUAGUGGUGAAUGUGGGUCAGCUGCCGAACCCCGAAUCAGUCGGGCCUAGUCAGCCGAUCCCUGAGGCGUUAGAACGUGGGCCUACCGGUAAGAGGAACGAAAUGGUGGGGCCCUCAUCAUCGACUAGAGAUGAUAAGGUUGUGGUGGAUGUGGAUGAUGAGGAUGCCGAUGAGCACACGAGUCUGUUAGGUAAUGGCGAAUGCCGAAUUUGCCAGGAAGAGGAUUUUGUGUAUAAUUUGGAGAGCCCUUGUGCUUGCAGUGGGAGUCUUAAGUUUGCUCACAGAAAAUGUGUUCAGUAUUGGUGCAACGAGAAGGGAGAUAUUACCUGUGAGAUCUGCCAUCAGACGUAUCAGCCAAAUUAUACGGCUCCUCCUCGACCUCAGUCUGAUGAGACUAAUAUAGAUUUUGGAGGAGUGUGGCAAAUCUCGGGAGGCCAAGUGAAUAUGCACGAUCCUCGGCUCGUGGCCUUUGCCGAGGCUGAACGAGAGCUAUUUGAAGUCGAUUAUGAUGAAUUUAACGGUAGCACAAGUGGCACUGCAUUUUGCCGUUCGGCUGCUCUUAUUUUGAUGGCUCUUCUUCUACUGAGACAUGCACUUUCUGUCACUGGUGAUGGGGACAGGGAAGAUGACGAUGCAUCGACUUUCUUCUCUCUGUUCUUGCUACGGGCUGUUGGUUUUCUUUUGCCUUGCUACAUCAUGAUCUGGGCCAUCAAUAUCUUGCAACGCCGUAGGCAAAGAGAGGUAAAACAUGGCAAAAAUGCAUUUUUAGUCAUGUUGGUUUAA